AUGGGUGGUAGUAACAAGCUUCCUCGAGAUUCUACCCCAGCACGGCAGCAGCAGCUGCAACAGGCCUCGGAGAGCGUGGCACCGACGGUGGGACGGCAACAGCUACUGAAGGCCCGGCAGCUCCUUCUUUCUCGUGACCGUGCCGGCGCUCAGAGGGCCUACACCUUGGCCCUGCACCAAGCGCAAUCUUCGCAGCAGUUUGACCUGGCCGCGUGCUUCCUGUGUCAUCUCCGUCUCGCCCAGCUUUGCUUCUCCCCCGCGGACAGGGGUCGCGGUGCCAGCCGGAGCAGCAACAACAGCUGUGGCGCCCCGAGUGUACACGUAUCAGCGCGGGAGCACCUCGAGGCGGCAUGGGCACUCCGAGAUAUUGUGUUGCGGUACCGCCUCGUGCCACCGUUGGGGGCCCUAGGCUUUUACUUUCGGGCGGUGGGGUUGCAACUGGCAGGCCUUCUCGGCGAAGGGUCACAACGGCGGCGGGGGGGCGGGGGCGACGGCGGUAGCAACAGCGCCAGAGAUGACGAUGCGGAGGCUGUGUUGCGUUCCCUGGAGGAACUGGGGCUGCUAGAGAGUGUCUGUGCUGGGGAGGUACAGGAUUCAAGUGCUUGUGAUGGAGAGAUGGAAGGUUCAUGUCGCGGUGGGAACGCACGAGAGGCACCGGCAACAAGAGGGGUCAAACUCGGCGGUAGUCCCCAGGGAGCCAGGAUUGACAUGGAUGGGUUGUGUGACGGAUGUGGGAAAUCGACGAAGCGUGGAGAAGCAGCACCACCACUACCGCCACCACCAUCUAGGGAGACGGACGGCGGACGUGGCGGCGGGUACUGCCCAGACUGCACGGCCGCAUACGACAAGGCCGUGGCUCAGGGCCCCAAAAGCGACGACACCCCGUGCGCAGGUUGCGACGACAAGACGCAGCCCGUGGCGAUAGAACCAGACGGCAAGUGGUACUGCGAGGCUUGCAUACAAGAAUUUUACGAGGAGGAGGAGGAGGAGGAGGAGGGGGAGACGUAA